AUGGCUGAACCCUUUUUCCUAGACCCAGGAACUGAGAUAGAGGAUGAAGAAAUAAGGAAAGAGACUAGAGAGUCCUCCAAGGGAGAUUUCAGCAACACGGUCAAACAAGUGAAGCCCUUUCCCUACCGAGGGGAGGCUAAGAAGAAAAAGGAUGACCCUGUGGAUUUCAUGGAAAUCUUCGGUAAGCUGGAAAUCAACCUGCCAUUUCUCCAGGCCCUGAAGCUGCCUAUUUUCAGUAAAUUCAUCAAGGAUUUUAUCGCCGGGAAGACUAAACCCAAUGGCAAAAUAAUGAUCGAAGAAACUGUGUUAGCAGUGAUUCAUAAGCGGAGGAUGCCGUCAAAACGCACUGACCCAGGUAUGUUCACUCUUCCCAUUUCAAUUGAGGACAUUAGAAUUGAGCAUGCUAUGUGUGACCUAGGAGCAUCAAUAAAUGUUUUACCGAUUUCCAUCUAUAAGAAGCUGGUAGGAGUAAGAAUGGUUGACACGAAUGUGGUGAUCCAGUUAGUGGAUAGGUCAUGCAUUAGUCCAGAGGGUGUGUUGGAAAACGUAAUAGUUAAGGUGCAUGGUUUCUUGUAUCCAGCUGAUUUUCAUGUGAUUAGGAUGAGUGAAAAUGAAUCUGCUGAGUCUAGCGGAGUGCUUUUAGGUAGACCAUUCCUUCGCACCGCUAAGACUAUAAUUGAUGUUUUUGAUGAAACAAUUUGUCUGGACUAUCAUGGGGAGAAAUUCACUUUCAACAUUGAUGAAGCAAUGAAAAAACCUUUAGAUGUGGAAAAUCUUCAUGCUGUGGAUAUCAUUAACCCCUUGGUCAAGGGGAUCAGCCCAUGUGGCCUAAAGUAUGCUUACUUGGAAGAGAAUGAGACGUUCCCUGUGAUCGUCAACAGAAACUUGACCCAUGAACAAGAAAAAUGA